AUGCUAGCAGCAAAUUUAGAGGCUUUAGCACAAAAUUUAGAAAAACAAGAAUUAGAAAAUGCAGCAUCUGGUGCAACGGUAUCACCUCAAUUAUACUCUCAAUUAUUAGCAAUAUAUUUAUUACAAAAUGAUUUAAAUAAUGCUAAAUAUUUAUGGAAGAGAAUACCCCAAUCAAUUAAAACAACUCAUCCGGAAAUUUUUAAUAUUUGGAAAGUUGGACAAAAAAUGUGGCAAAGGGAUUUUCCGGGAAUAUAUGAAGCAUUAAACAGACAGUGGUCUAAUGAUGUUGCUGAAAUUAUGCAGAAACUAUUGGAAAAAACACAUCAAAGAGCUGCAAAUUUAGUUGCUACAGCAUAUUCUUCUCUCAGUGUUGAUGCCUUGGCUGCAUUUACGGGUCUUUCAAUCGAAGAAGCCAUUCAACAGGGCUUGGAUGCUGGAUGGCAAAUAGAUAGAGAAACAAACAUAGUUAAACCAUGUAGACCUGUUAAUAAUAUAGUUCAAGUUGUUAGUUGCGAAGAUCAAAUUAGUAAACUUACAGAUUUUGUAUCCUUUCUCGAAAAUUAAAAUACAAAUAAUCUAUUUUUGUUUUUUAAUUUUAUUAUUUAUUGAUUUUUUUUUUUUUAAACUAAAAAUCUUAUUUUUUUUUUUUUUUUGUACUUUAAAUUAAAUUUUAUUAC